AUCAAAUCAAAUCAAAUUGAAAUCGAAUCAAAACCAACCAUCCACUCUUUGUUGUAAAACUUGAUUUUGAAUUUCCAUCGAUCUAAAACUUGAAAUUCAUCGAAAUUGGACUCAAAAGUGAUAUUAAAGACCAAUCGGACAUCAAACUUAAAUUUGAACUUAAAUUUAAUCCAAGUUGGAAGAAAAAAAAAAAUUUCUUUUUCUUUCAUAUUGAUUUCAAAGAAACUUUCAAUCAAAUCACUUCAAGAAAUCAAAUUCAAUCAAUUCAAGACUUUAGCGAGUUUUAAUCGAUUGACUCUAACCAAACCCAAUCCAUCAAUCAAUCCAUCAAUCAAACAGUCAGUCAAUCAAAUCACCCACACACAAACACAGAAUCAAGACAGACUAAGUCUUAUUUACUUUUAAGAUUAACACUCAAAGAUGCAAUCUAUCAAAUGUGUGGUUGUAGGUGAUGGUGCGGUCGGAAAGACUUGUUUACUUAUCUCUUAUACUACCAAUGCUUUCCCGGGUGAAUACAUCCCUACUGUCUUUGAUAACUACUCUGCAAAUGUCAUGGUCGAUGGUAAACCGAUCAACUUAGGUUUAUGGGAUACCGCUGGUCAGGAGGAUUACGAUCGUCUUCGACCUCUUUCUUAUCCACAAACCGAUGUCUUUUUGAUCUGUUUCAGUUUGACUAGUCCACCUUCAUUUGAGAACGUUCGAACCAAAUGGUAUCCCGAGAUUUGUCAUCACGCGCCCAAUAUCCCUUUGAUCUUGGUUGGAACUAAAUUGGAUCUAAGGGAAGAUCCACAAACGAUUGAGAAAUUGAGAGAACGUAGAAUGGCUCCAAUCUCGUAUCAGCAAGCUGCUGCUAUGGCUCGUGACAUCGCUGCUGUUCGUUACCUCGAAUGUUCUGCUCUAACGCAAAAGGGGUUGAAAAACGUAUUUGAUGAAGCUAUCAGAGCUGUCUUGGCUCCUGCCACACGUGAGAAGACAACAAAGAAACAAUCCAAGGGUUGUACAAUUUGUUGAAAGAGAUUGAUAAUCACGAAUUCACGACUUAAGACCAUCACUUUGUUUCUUUCUUUUUUUUCACUCAUCAAAGAAUUAAAAACUGUUGUGGUUUUCCUCUUCACCAUUUUUUUUUAUUUCAUCUUUUUUUUUUGCUUGAUCUCUCAUCUAUCUUCAACAUCAACUCAUGUUCUUUUCCCAUUUUUUUUUGACGAUAGCUCUGUCUCUUUUUUUCCAAUCUAUCUCGCUCUUACUACAUCAUCUCUAACGACUUUAUUUUUUUUAUGAUGACUUUUUUGAAAUUCUAUUUUUUCUCCCAUUUUCUAACAUGUGUUUUUUUGUGCGUGUCUGUGUUUUUUUUGUCCUUACGCUUGUGUGUGUAUGUGAUGAGAGAGUGUGCAAACCUUUUUUUUUUGGCUUUUAAAAAAAAUCAUAAUACAAUAAAAAAAAUCAAUCACAUUUUCUACAUUCACCUGUUCUUCUUUUUUUUACUGUUUCUUCUUCUUUCUCCUCAAUAAAUAAUAAUAAUUGAUGCAAAAAAAUAUAAACCUUUACAG